AAGAACUAAACGUAGUCCUUGAUAUUUUCAUGGCGCGUUUUAAUUUUUAAUAAAUGAUGUGCUCUAUAAGUUAACAUUAAAAUUAUUAAUUUAUUGUAGUUGUAAAUACAGUUUUAGUUAUCCGUAGUACUAUUACCAAAUUGGCAGUAGGCAAUUUAAUGCCGCAGUGUUUACUCAGUUAUAGGUUAUGUUAGGGUCGAAUCCAUAUUUUAUAAAGAGACCUUAUUUAUAAUGACGGAGGGCGAGACUAGUAACAGUACGCGGACGGUGGCGGUGCCGUGCCCGUUCGUGAAGAGGAAAGUGGAAUGCGUGGGAGCGGCGUUUCUGAGAUACUUCAAUAUCAAAUGCCACGGCGAGGAUGCUUUGUUCGAAACGUCCACGGCGAACGAGAAAUCGGAGGAGGUGGUGUUCGACGACGACGUGGAGUACCUGCGGAGCCUCGACCCUAAAGAAUGGAAACAGCAGGACCACUACGCGGUGUUGGGUAUGAAACAGCUGCGCUACAGAGCUACGGACGAUGAUAUUAAACGCGCGUACAGACAGAAAGUGCUGCGCCACCACCCGGACAAGCGCAAGGCGCAGGGCGAGGACGUGCGCAGCGACGACGACUACUUCACCUGCAUCACCAAGGCGUACGAGACGCUGGGCACGCCCGCCAAGCGCCGCUCCUACGACUCCGUGGACCCGGAGUUCGACGACUCCGUGCCCACGGCCGGCGACGUCAAGAAGGAGGGCUUCUACAAGACGUUCACCAAGCUGUUCGAGCAGAACGCGCGCUGGUCGGAGAAGCGCCACGUGCCGCUGCUGGGCGACGAGGACAGCCCGCGCGAGGCCGUCGAGCGCUUCUACGCGUUCUGGUACGAGUUCGAGUCGUGGCGCGAGUUCUCGUACCUCGACGAGGAGGAGAAGGAGCGCGGGCAAGACCGCGAGGAGCGCCGCUGGAUCGAGAAGCAGAACAAGGCGGCGCGCGCCAAGCUCAAGAAGGAGGAGAUGGCGCGCAUCCGCUCGCUGGUCGACCUGGCGUACGCGCACGACCCGCGCGUGCAGCGCUUCAAGCAGGACGACAAGGACAAGAAGCUCGCCGCCAAGCGCGCCCGACAGGAUGCCGUGCAAGCGAAGAAAGCGGAAGAAGAGAGGCUGAUGAAGGAGGCGCUGGCGGCCAAGCAGAAGGCCGAGGAAGCCGAGCGCGCGCGCAUCGAGGCCGCCCGCGCUGAGCGGGAGCAGGUCAAGAAACUGCUAAGGAAGGAACGUAAAGCCUUACGAGACUUGUGUAAGGCCAACAACUACUACGCGCAGACGGAGGAGGAGACGGUCGCGCACAUGGCGGCCGUCGAGAAGAUCUGCGAGAUGAUGAAGGUGCUCGAGCUGCAGGAGCUCGGCAAGAGGCUCGAGGCCGCCGGCCGCGACGCCUUCCUGCAGACCGUCAAGGAGGCAGAGGACAGGCUCGAGGAAGAGCGCCAGUCACUCUUUGAAACUAAGAAAGAACAAGAACAGAAAGUCAAGAAGGAACUAGCAUCUAAAUUACCCAUUGAAUGGUCCGCCGACAUGACACAGUUGCUCAUCAAAGCUGUGAACUUAUUCCCCGCCGGCACCAGCCAGCGCUGGGACGUGGUAGCCAACUUCCUCAACCAACACGGAACCUUCAUAGAUGAUAGACGCUUCAACGCUAAAGAAGUACUCGCCAAAGCCAAGGACCUCCAGAGCUCGGACUUCUCUAAGAGUAGCCUUAAAAAGGCUGCUAACGAAGAAGCAUUUGACACAUUUGAGAAGGACAAGAAGAAAGCGGUCAGCGUUGAUGACAACAGCAUAUCAAAGAGCGACAGUGGAUCCAAGCUAGUCAACGGAACAGCCAAGCCUAAAAUGAACGGAGACGUACCUAAAGAAGUCAAAGAAGUACCCUGGACGAAAACUGAGCAGGAGCUACUUGAACAGGCCAUCAAGACCUUCCCGGUGAGCACUCCGGAGAGAUGGGACAAGAUUGCAGACUGCCUCCCCAACCGGUCCAAGAAGGACUGCAUGAAGAGAUACAAGGAACUAGUAGAAUUAGUGAAGGCAAAGAAGCAAGCCUCCAACUUAGCUAAAUAACAUUAAAUGACGCCUAGUUCUGUAUCAAAUUGUAAAAUACAUAUUUUUAUGGGA